AUGAGACACAGAAAUUGGGCCGAUCUCGGCCCUAUAUUACCGAGUAGGACUAGAACGGGUUCAUGUAAAUUAUUAUUAGUUGUACUUCUCACUGCAUUAACUCUUGCCCACGCAGAUGAAAAAAAUCAAACAAAAAUUGAAGUAAGUUUGCAUUGAGUAUAGUUGAAGAUGUUUUUUGUAUUGAUAAGCAUAAAAAAAAUUUUUAAUUUUUUUUAUCUACAGUAUCUUUAUAAUGAAUGAACUUUUUUUGUCACAAUACAAACCACUAACACUACUCCACCUUCAGGAAGCGUUAAAACCACAUAACGACUCAGCAACAGAGUCGGAAAAGCCUUCAGAAUCCCACAGGUUUCACUCUCUACUCAAUAUUCUGAAGCCGAACCGAAGUAAACGACAAUGUUGUGCAUCAUGUACUCCAGGUCCGUUUGGAGCCUUCAAUUGUCCACAAGGUUGUAACGGAUGCCCACUACCACCUUCAGUGAUUCUUCAACCACCAAUUGGGGACCUACCUCCACCACAACAAUCUCCAUGUGUUCAGCAAUGUCAGCCCUUAUGUCUACCACAAUGUAUACGAAGAUUCUUGCUGAUACCGUUGGAUGGGAUUGGUGGAGCUGGUAUCAUUACUGAUCCACUUGGAGGCUUGCUGGGCGGAGGUCUGGGCGGCUUAGGUGGUCUGGGAGGUUUGGGUGGACUAGGAGGUCUAGGCAUUGGCCUGCCAGGCGGCUGCAUCGGUGGAGGAUGUGGCGGCGGGUGUUUAGGAGGAGGAUGCAUUGGGUAAGCCUUUUAAAAAAUGACUAUGAUGUUGUUCAAAUAAUCCUGUGCGGGGUUAAGAGCACAGAAUUAAUUAAACAAGCUAAUAUUUUAAUUUUAUCCAAGAGUAACGACUAGUUUUGCAGCAUCUUAACACUGUUAUUUUAGCGGAGGAAACCAAGUUGUUGUUGUUGGUCCAAACGGAAUCGGUGGGCCAAACAUUCCCUCUCCAAUUAAUCCAUUUGGCCCCAUCACUUGUCCAGUGCCAUGUAUGCCAGAUUGUAGGAAAGAAUGUGUUCAAACUCUAGUGGUCCAUAUUCGGCCGAACGGCGGUUGCAAUGGCUGUUCUGGCAAUGGUAAGUUAUAUUAUUCAUCAAGCAAUAAUCAGUAUUGUGCUAAACUACUUAACAAAGCUAUGCCUUGAUAAGCGCUAACUAAUGCUUUAAUGCUUCUGCAGGUUGUAACGGCUGCCGUCCUUUCCCCCCGGGCGUGCCGUUCCCUCCAGGUGGUCCUUUCCCACCAGGUGGCCCAAUACCACUUCCACCACCUCCGCAACCAAUAGUACCGAUACCGCCACCAUUACCACCUCCAAGAAUUAUUGAACCGCCGCCGCUACCUUUACCACCCCCACCACCACCGCCUCCUCCGCCACCGCCGAGAAUUGUGAUUCCUCCGCCGACGUUACCACCACCACCCCCACCGCAAAUCAUUCUACCGCCGGCGCCACCUCCACCACAGCCAAAUAUUAUAGUCCAGCCUCCGCCAACCAACAUCAUUUAUCCACCUCCUCCACCACAGCCCAACUCUCAGGUCGUCAUCAUCAACGGCCAAAGAAUUGUGUGUCCCGAAAGCUGUCGACCUGACUGUAACAACAACUGUCUACAGAAAAUAAUAUUGCCUGGACCGAACCCAAUCAUUCCAAAUGGCCCUAUACCUAAUGGCAUUUGUUUACCUGGCUGUCGACCAGACUGUUCCUCUUCUUGUAUCAACAAGUGUAUUGGCUGUGGUAUCAAUGGAAUCCCCGGCAUUGGCUGUCCCGACUGGUGCGGCGGCGGUCUUACAGUACUACCGAAUGGUCUGCCAUGUGUGGGGCCAUGCCAGCCUAGCUGCUCAUUACGCUGCAUCCAAGCUUACUUACUUUCAGUUCAGCCAAUUACCAUUUGCUUGCCGGGUUGUCGGCCGCUUUGUACACCGCAAUGCAUCCAACGAUGCAAUGCGUGCAAUAACGGUGGCAACUGUCCUAGCUAUUGCCAAGCGCCUCCGAUUAUCGGGCCAGCUUCGCCGUUUGACUACGGUCCAGAUCCUAGUUUCAUACCUCAAGGUCCCGCUAUUCCAGCUGGUCCACCGGUCUUUUUCGACGGCUGUGCACCAGGAUGUCGUCCUCAAUGUGCUCAAGGUUGUGUAUCACAGUGUAAUAAUUGUCUGAACAAUGGAGGUCAAUGUCCAUCAUUUUGUGGUAUCCCCCGAGGUCCUCAGUUCUUGCCACCACCACCACCGCCAGCACCAUUCCCGUCGCCUUGCCCAUCGCUGUGUCAACCGGCAUGUCAACCUAGUUGUAUUUGUAAUAAUUGCGCAAAUGGUGCGUACAAUUUUAAUCCAGUGUUAAAUCAGCAAUACAGUAGGUCGAAAAAAGGGUUCUAGGUAUUCUUUUAAAAUAUAAUAACUACAUAAUGUAGCUAACAAUAUAAUUUUAGGUCCAUGCCAACAAUUCUGUACACCAUCUAUAGCUCCAGAACCACCGAUUGCCAUGCCCAUCCAACCACCGCCAGCCCCGCCCCUCCCAGCACCAUGCUUCCCUGGAUGUAGACCAGCUUGUGAUGCCCAAUGUAUCGAUCAAUGUCAAGGAUGUAGUGCACUUAACGGAGGAUGCCCAGGGUUCUGUACUCAAGCUCCUCCGUUCUACACCGUACCAGCAGCACCAUUACCUCCACCUGUUCCACAGUUCGGGCCGAUUGACCAAGGAUGUUUCCCAGGCUGUGCACCAGCUUGUCAACCAUCUUGUGUCCAAGCUUGUUCUCAAUGUGGUUACCCUAGCCAAGGGUGUCCCUCAUUCUGUGGUCCUCUAUCUCCUCCACCACCUCCUAUACCAGUUGGACCACCUGCUUAUUCGCAGCCAUUCUAUGGGCCAGGUCAACAAUGUAUUCCAGCUUGUCAACCACAAUGCACACCAUCUUGUGUACAACAAUGUGACCCAUGUGCUCGAGGAGGACCAUGCCCAUCGAUUUGUACUGGACUACCACCACCAAUAGUCCACGUACCACCGCCAGAUAAUUGUUUCCCUGGCUGUAGACCAGCUUGUGAACCGUCUUGUACCCAGGCAUGUUCAUCAUGUAUUUCUGGUGGUGCUUGUCCUGGAUAUUGCGGUUAUGCGCCACCUCCACUGCCACCAAUAACUCCAAUACAACCAUUAUAUGCUUGUCCAAGUGCAUGUCAACCUCAAUGUUCGGCUCAAUGCAUUCAAACAACAUGUAGCCCAUGUCAACAAGCUGCCGCACCUUGUCCUUGUCUUCCAGCAGCUCCACCAACAAUUCUUCCACCACCUCCACCGCCGCCGCCCCCUCCAUCCCCUGCCUGCGCUCCAGAAUGUCAACCUCAAUGUCUUCCAACUUGUAUUCCACAGGUACCGUCUCAAUACGGUUUCAACAGCAUCGGUUAUUCACCAUUUCAGGUGCCACCUUCUGCCUUGCCUCCAAUUGUAGGCCCACAAAUACCUCCAACCACAUCGUAUUUGGCCCCAGGAUGUCCACCAACAUGUCAACCAGCUUGUCUGCCAGCCUGUAUUCAAGCAUCUGCUCCAUUACCACCACCACCUCCUCCGCCGCCACCUCCACCACAAUGCACUCCAGAAUGCCAACCAGCCUGUCUACCACAAUGUGUUAACCAUUGUGAAGUACCACCGUGUCCUCCACCUGCACCACUUCCACCACCACCCCCUCCACCAGUUCUCGAGCCUAUUCCUUCACCCCUUCCUCCUCCCGGUCCUCUGCCAUCACCAAUCCCUCCACGACCCAUGAUCCCACUCUUUCUGCCAUCUCCAGUACAACCACCACCAGUAGGACCAGGGUGUAUCCCAUCUUGCCAACCUGCAUGCGAUUCCCAAUGUGUUCAGUCUUAUCUCGUCACAAUUCAGAGCAUUUGUCCACCAACUUGUCGACCUCAAUGUGAAGGAGUUUGUGUGGAACGACAUGGUAUGUGAGGAAAAUUUACCUAAAAAUAGUUUAGCAACAUUAAAAAGGCUUACCUUAAAGAUGAACACAAAAAUCACCUAAAACAAGAUAAAAAAACAUGUAAACCAUCUUACUUUCAGCCCCGUUCACGGCGCCUUGUGUAGCAGGUCCAACACCGUGCCAAUGUGCUCCAGGAUAUUCGCAAUGUGGGCCAGGAAUCUGUUGCUUAAGGUAUAAAAACAUGCUCAGACGUUUCAGUCAACUUGGAAGUCAUACCAGUGUGAAAGGCGAAGAUAAAACAAAGCCAAAUCCAACACCAACAGCUUCAACAACGACUAAAGCAGAAACGACGGUAUGAGUAACACAAUCAGAAGUCAUUUUAGACACAAAAAUUUAGUUUUACAAUUAAAAAAUAUGGUUUUUAGGUAUAAAAAACCUGGUUUUGGGUAUAAAUAUAGUUCCGAACCUAAAAUAAUAUAAAUUUACAGCACUUUUGAGUCAAACGAACGUUUUCAUUUUAAAUUUCAGACCGAUGUGCAUCAGAGAUGGCCACACAAACUUGGAAAACGGUCGAAAUCACCGGCCAAAAAGACAGAAACAACAAAAACGACCAAAGAUGAAAAUACGAUGAGCAACAGCUCGGAUUAA